CCCCUCACUGUUUCUCAUCGAGCAAAUAGGCCAGCAUUUGUUGCGUUCAGCACGGGCAUCAUCGGGAUGGAAUUAACUGAAGCUUUCGUGAAUGUUCAGCUGGAAUGGCUUCACAUGCAUCACUUGUUUGCUCUACUUUGCCUUGUUGCAGUCGUCCAUAAAUUAAACAUUUUGCUCGCUAAAAGAAGGGAUGCGUUUCGAAAUACUGAAAUUUUUCCAGGACCGCCGGGACACUGGCUGUUUGGACAUGUUUUAGAGUUUAAACAAGAUGGGGAAGACCUGGACAAGGUGGUGAAAUGGGGAAAGCAGUACCCUUAUGCUUUCCCAUUGUGGUUUGGUCCCUUUGUUUGCUUCCUUAACGUUCAUCAUCCAGAUUAUGUGAAAACCAUUCUGGCAUCAACAGAGCCAAAAGAUGAUUUCGCAUAUAGGUUUAUUGAGUCUUGGAUUGGAGAAGGCUUAUUAGUGUCAAAAGGUCAGAAGUGGUUUCGGCACAGAAGGUUACUGACUCCAGGUUUCCAUUAUGAUGUUUUGAAACCAUACGUUAAGCUGAUGUCAGAUUCAGCUAAAACUAUGUUGGACAAAUGGGAAGUUUAUGCAGACACCAAUGAGUCCUUUGAAUUGUUUGAACAUGUAAGCCUCAUGACACUCGACAGCAUCUUGAAGUGUGCUUUUAGCCACAACAGCAACUGUCAGACUGAGAGUGGGAAAAAUGCAUACAUCAAAGCAGUGUAUGAGCUCAGUGAUCUAAUCAACCUGCGGUUCAGGAUAUUUCCAUACCACAACGACCUAAUAUUCUACUUCAGCCCCCAUGGAUUCAGAUACAGAAAAGCACUCAGGGUGGCUCACAGUCAUACAGAUAAAGUCAUAAGAAAGAGGAAAGAAGCUCUAAAGGAAGAGAAAGAGCUGGAUCGCAUACAGGCCAAGAGAAACUUGGAUUUUCUGGACAUCCUUCUGUUUGCAAGAGAUGAGAAGCAGCAGGGUCUCUCAGAUGAAGAUAUACGAGCAGAAGUGGACACCUUCAUGUUUGAGGGCCAUGACACCACAGCCAGUGGUCUCUCUUUCAUCCUGUACUGUCUGGCCUGCCACCCAGAGCACCAGAAGAUUUGCAGGGAUGAGAUCAUUCAAGUUCUGGAUGGCAAGGACGCCAUGGAGUGGGAGGAUCUGAGUAAAAUUCCAUACACAACAAUGUGCAUAAAAGAAUCCCUCCGUCUUUACCCUCCGGUACCGGGAGUGUCCAGAAAAAUCACCAAACCCAUGACCUUUUUUGAUGGAAGGACUUUACCCGGAGGUUGUCAGAUUGGAACAAGUGUGUAUGGGCUUCACAGGAAUGCAGCUGUCUGGGAAAACCCUGAUGUCUUUGAUCCUCUGCGUUUCCAUCCAGAGAAUGCUUCCAGCAGAUCACCUCAUGCAUUUGUUCCCUUCUCUGCUGGGCCAAGAAACUGCAUUGGUCAGAACUUUGCCAUGAAUGAGUUGAAAGUGGCGACAGCCCUGACACUGAAGAGAUACCAGCUGGCAGAGGACCCCGCUUGGGAACCCAAGAUAAUUCCUAGGCUGGUGCUUCGCUCACUCAAUGGUAUCCACAUCAAGAUCAAACCUGUAGACCCAGAAGAGUAAAGUGAAAAAAGCUGCAGGAAAUGCUGUAAACCUGGAAAAUACAUAACUCAGUUAGGGAAAUGUUGAUCUAACACACAGAUAAUGAUGAAAUUAUCUGUGCAGUAUUUUAUUUAGUGACUGAGAACGUUUUAGGGGGAAUUACUGCCUGAAAAAGAAAUUUGUAUAUUCUAAUGAUUUUCUCACACUAAACAGUUUCAAUGACACAUUUUUGUGAAAAGGGAACUGGACCUAUAUUAUGGUAGGAUAUUUUCACCAAAUCAGUUUGUAAUAAUGUAAAAGUUUGAAAAAUGACAGUCCUGUCUUCAUUUAUAAAUUAAUUAUCCAAGAUAAAUACAUUUAGUGGUUCUUAGUUUUAGUCGUAGUGGAGGCUGAGUCAGGAACAGGUCAAAAGGUUUCACCAUGCAAUUUCAUAAAGCCCAUACAUUUGUUCUGCAUAAAACAUUAACAGUUUACUACCAGUGAUGACACAUUGUCUGCUUAAACAUUAAACAAAAUUUACUGCCACUGUGUGAGGAUUCACUUUUGAGUUGAACGAAUAGUAAAGAACCAAAAUACCCCUGAGACAUGUGGUCAGUGUUUACCUUCAGAAUAAAGUUGUAGGAAGGUGCAGUAUGCAAUACAAUAGACUCUAAAUACACUUUGUUUUCAGUCUGUGCUGUUCACUAAUGUAUAUAAGCCAUCAAAUGACUUGCCUUUAGAGGACCUUUCAUCAGGUAUAAAUUUGGAAACAGGCAGUUAAUAUCAGAAAGUGCAAUUCAACAUCAGUUACAACUGAAAUCACUGUAGAGUUGAGUCAAAAGUAAUUCAUUUUUUAUUUACAGUCAUAUGAUUACAAAAUCCACACGCCCACAAGGACAAAAAGUCACCAGCACAGUUUGUAAACGUCUGCCUUUGAUCUCUGAUCUUCAACCUUUUUCUUAUUUAAAGAUCCCAUGAAAUGGCCAGAGAAAUUCCUAGAAACAGCUCCUUCCUGGACAGCAUUUUUAGUGGUGCGAACAAGGUCCUUGAGUCCGACCACAUCCGAUCUUUCUGCAUGUUCUACGAACUUCAACCGCCUUUCUAACUAUAACUACUAGCCCCUGUGUUUACCUAAGAGUGUUACUUUCAAUGUAAUGUCCCACUUCUUUCGAAAGGAACUACAAAGAGGUGUUGUGGCAGCAUUGUGGUGAAGAUGAAUACGAUACACUCUGACCACAACAUCUUGGGUGUUAUUACAGAUAAGGGCCUCUACUGUAGGUCACUUCCCCACUCCUGUAAUUUACUGUCACUGCUCUACUGUUCAUCUUUGAAUAAAAGCUAAAUAAAUUAGCAAAAUUACCCUUAAAAAGUAAUAAUAGCAUUUCAUGGGACCUUCACACUUGGCCUACGCUCUAUAUAAACCAAUUACAUGGUGUUCUGCCUGUUCGUUACACAUUUGACACGGUUAUAUAUAUUUUUUUUGUUACUGUGCAAAGACACUGUUACUAUGUCUCAAGUCAGUUCAGGGCAAACAAAACAUGAACAGUAUAUUGUAUAUAUUUAAUUGUACUUAAAAACUUAAUAAAUCCAGAUCAUUCAGUUUUUAGUAACUUUUUAUUCUGGUGGAAUUUGUUACUAUUCUGCCAUUCCAAUUCAGCUAUUUAACAGUCCAAUUACUCACCAAGUAGAAAACUGUAAAAUCCUUGUAUUUAUCGUUUAAUGGAGCUGGGAAAAUAGUCAAACCAUUUAAAACUCAAUAUAGUGGGAAAAGCCAAAGGACAAAUAUGAUCAACAUACUGUUUGGACAGCGCAAAUGGCUUUUAUCUGCAGGAGAAUCCAAAUUGAUAACUAGAAGCACCACUUCCAUGAGAUGCCACAAAUAGAUUUUGGACAAGGUUAAGAUUAGUGAAAAAGGCCAAAAACAAUGACAUCUGCAAGUCUGCAGCCAAACCUUCCCCGAAAACAUUUGUGCACAAAUCACCUUCGUGGCUUGUAGGAGAAAUACAAGACACUUCAUUCAGUUGAUGUCACAUCAGUCUAACACGUGAAACGGAAAUGUUUCAGUGAGUAAAACAUUUAAGCACAUUAUAUCAAUAGGUCUUCAAAAUAAAAAGCAGCCCUGUGUUUUGAUAGAAACUGACUUCAUGUAUGGAUUCUCUGGCUUAUCUGACUUCUCACAGUAAAAUAUCCAAUAUAAAAGUACUUUGUGCCAUUUGUUUAACAGCAUUAUCAAAAUUCCCAAAAAGUGGAAAAAAAAUUAGUAAAAAAAAAAAA